AUGCGGCAACUCACGGAAGAGGAAGUCAAGCUCGUCUUCGAGAAACUUUCCAAGUUUGUCGGAACAAAUUUAAUGCAGAUCGUGGAUAACCAGGAAGACCCGCAUGUCUUCCGGCUUCACCACGACCGUGUCUUCUACAUGAGCGAGAAAGUGUUGAAGAUGGCGGGCUGCAUUCCUCGAAAGAGUCUGCUUUUGGCGGGCGUGUGCCUGGGGAAGUUCACAAAGAGUCGGAAGUUCCGGUUGCAAGUCACAGCCCUCGAUCUGAUCGCCCGGUACGCCAAGUACCGGAUUUGGGUCAAACCCGGAGGCGAGCAGUCGUACGUCUACGGCAACCACGUCAUCAAGCGGCACAUCGGGCGAAUCACAGCGGACAUGCCACAGAACGCCGGAGUGUGCAUUUGCUCUCUGAACAACGACUUGCCGCUCGGAUUCGGCGUCGCAGCCAGAGCGACGCAAGACAUUCACGCCGCUGACACAGAGGCCAUCGCCGUUUACCAUGUUGCAGACGUAGGCGAGUAUCUUCGGGAAGAGGCGGAUCUCGUGUAA